GAGCGGUCUUCUCACUCGGGUCUCAGCUCUCCUCCCUCCCCCUUGUUCUCCCCACCCUAAGUGACAGAGGGGCCCAAGGAAGACACACUCCUGCCCUGUCUCGGCAGGGCCUGGGGGGGCCAUGUCCCUCAUCCCAUGGCUCCGGUGGAACGAGGCCCCGCCACGGCUGUCGUCUCGGAGUCCAGCUGAGAUGGUGCUGGAGACGCUCAUGGUGGAGCUGGAAGGGCAGAUGCGAGAGGCUGAGAGGCAGCAGUGGGAGCGUAGCAACGCCGUCCGGAAGAUCUGCACCGGAGUGGACUACAGCUGGCUGGCCAGCGCGCCCCGGCCCACCUACGACCUCAGCCCCGGGGAGAGGCUGCAACUAGAGGACGUCUGCGCCAAGAUCCACCCAUCCUACUGUGGGCCCGCCAUCCUCAGGUUCCGGCAGCUGAUGGCAGAGCAGGAGCCCGAGGUGCAGGAGGUGUCCCGGCUCUUCCGCUCGGUGCUGCAGGAAGUCCUGGAGAGGAUGAAGCAGGAGGAGGAGGCGCACAAGCUGACCCGGCAGUGGAGCCUGCGGCCCCGCGGCAGCCUGGCCACCUUCAGGAGCCGCGCGCGCAUCACCCCCUUCGCCAGCGACAUCCGCACCAUUUCCCAGGACGUGGAGCGGGACGCGCCACCGCCGCCCCGGACCUGGAGCAUGCCCGAGUUCCGGGCACAAAAAGAGGACUGACCCCGCCUCUCCUGCCCGGGAGCAGAGCCACCUGUGGGCGGGGGGUGGGGGGCAUGAUAAGCCGGGGUCAUCCCGGGUCCUGCAACCUUCCCAUCGCCCUGCCCCUGACGCGGGGCCAAAGAGACCGCCCCAUCCCGGGACACUCCCUCAAGAUGGAGCAACCCCUCCCCGCCCGCCCUCGCCCACGGACCACGAGGCCUAGAGUCAGGGCUUGGAGCCGCAGCAACAAUCUCCUGCUCCCCUGCACCGGUCGGCUGGAGCGGGCCCUUCUCCGCCCCGCAGAGAUGCAGGGUCUGGGCAGGCAGACCACCACCUGCUCCCCAUCUUCGGCUUCUGUCUGGAAUGGGAAGAGUUGUCCUGCCUUCUGCCAAGUCAUGAGUUCUUACCCCAACUUAGGGAUGUCCCAUUCACCCCCUCUCCCUGGGUAAUGAUGAGGGACCUGUUGGCUGGUGUCCAUUCUCUGCUGGUGACUGGUCUGUCUCACCGUCGCAGGUGGGUC